AUGGCCUCUUUCCAGGACCGUGCUCAGCACAACAUAGCCCAGCUCGACAAGGAGCUCUCCAAGUACCCCGUCCUCAACAACCUUGAGCGUCAGACCUCUAUCCCCAAGGUCUACGCCGUCCUGGGCCUGGUCGGAGUCUACUUCUUCCUUGUCUUCUUCAACAUCGCUGGCGAGUUCCUCGUCAACUUCGCCGGUUUCCUUCUCCCCGGCUACUACUCGCUCCAGGCCCUCUUCACUUCGGGUACCUCGGAUGACACUCAGUGGCUCACUUACUGGGUCGUCUUCGCUUUCCUGACCGUCAUUGAGAGCGCCAUCAACGCCGCUUACUGGUUCCCCUUCUACUACAUCUUUAAGUUUGUCGCGAUCCUCUGGAUGGCCCUGCCCCAGACCAACGGCGCCCAAGUUGUCUUCCACUCCUUCCUCCAGCCCGUUCUUGGCCGCUUCUUCUCCAGCUCCGGCACCUCUGCCAACCUCCGCGCUCAGGCCGAGGCUGCCAGCAAGCCCCACUCGACCUGA